AUGCUGGAAGUCAUCAGCAUAGCGGCCUCACAAGCUCUGAGCCAUCUUUGCACCCAGCUAUAUAAUGUUCAAGAGUCGUAUAUUCCGUAUCUGAAAACAGCAAGCCCCACUCACCAGAAUGAUGUCUUUCUAGAGCCAUCGAGAUCUAACGGGAGGGUGAACUACUAUCCAAGAGCUCUAAGCGUUGAGUUUUCGGGUGGUUACGGAUACUUGGGGAAGUAUGCAUUUCAGGAACCUGCGCCAGACUUGACAGCUUUCGGAGAUGUAGAAAUAGAUCAAAGGCCUCGAAUCGAGAAGAACGAGUACCAACAGCAUCUAGAUGCUGGCCAACCGACCGAUUCCCUGAUGCUUAAUGUGAAUAAUACUAAGUACUGGUCGGACUAUAACAAGCUUGUCUAUAAACCUAGUUCGCUUUUGACUUUACUGGAGUAUAACCACCCAGAUGGCACUCACAAACAUUUUAACAGAUUGAAGUUCGAUCUUUUCAAUAUCGGCACCGAAGAGUACAAGAAAUAUGGGGAUGAAAUCGAUGAGAGCUUUAGAAAGCUACUAGAAUCUCUGGAUAACAUUCAAGGUGUCAGCGUGUUCACUGGACUUGAUGAUGCUUGGGCCGGCUUUUCGAACGAAAUGUUGAUUCAGCUAAGGGAUGAAUACUUCAACAACGGGGUAAGCAGCAAAUACAAUAUAUGGUGCUACGGUAUUACUUCUGGUACUUUCACAAAGCAAAGGACUUUGACAAGAAUAAAAUCACUAGUCGAAUUAUCGAAGAACAGCUCACUCUUUUUCCCGCUUGGUCUCGAUACUUCACUGGAUCUUCUUCUGGAUGACUUUGUUGCCUCAAGUGAAUGGCAUAGACAAGCUGCACAUGCUUACUUUGUGAAUUCAAUUUGGUGCAGCAAUAAUCAGUUCGAGAAAAGAAGCACUAUGGCGGAGUAUGAAGCAAACCUCUUGCGUGGUGCUGAUAAGCGGAAUAUUGUGAACGAGAUUGCGGUACACGAAAAAAAGCUGAAUCUGGCAACGACCAUUAUUGAUGAUCCCAGAAUGAUAGAAGCCGUCAUGAAAGGUGAAAUCUCAACCUCACAAAAACCGAGAAGUCUCGAUUUGAGCUUUAAUCCCAACCCCUUGAAUGCAAAGCCAUUUUUUACACAAUAUAUUAUUCCCGAGGAUCAGUCUCUAGUGGAUGAACUUCAGGGAAGGAUAAGUAUAAACCGCGACAUCAACAAAAUAGUUGAUAGUGAUUCAUUUCCUAAAAUUUUUGAAUCCUCAUCCUUGUACACUCAGUUUGGCCAAUCUACAGGGCUUAAAGACUUGUUUAAGCAAUACCGUCAGAUCAUACACCACGCUCGUGCUCAUAAAGAUUUAGAAUUGAUCGGAGACAAGCAGGAGCUAAUAGAGGAUAUCUCAUGUGUUGUUGAUGAGUAUACACAGGGAUAUGACCUGGAAGAAGAAUCUGAAUAG